AUGAGUGCGACACGGGAGGACUCGGCGCCGUGCGCCAUUCCGUCUAAGCUUUGGCGUGAAUGCCUCAAGCAAUACGACUACGGUCCUGACAGGCCGAAGGGCGCCUGCGCGGCGCACCGCACGAAGUUCUACGACUGCGUCAAGGACUGGACGGCGCGGACGCAGAAGAGGCCGUACUCGUACACGCUGUUCGAACUUCCCAAGUCAUGUGGCCAUGAGGCAGAGAAGCUGCACCAGUGCAUGAUGAUGAACAUGUUCGAGGUGAGCCACUGCCAAAAAGAGAUGGCGGUGCUGAAACGGUGCGCGGCGCGCGCCGACCCGGAGGUGCGCACGUACCUGCAAGGCGAUGAAGCGAUCGCAGACCUCGAAAAGGAUAUCGAGGAGACUACUGGACUGAAGCGUCUCUGGUACAAGGCGAUUGGUAAGCUCUAG